GUUUCCACACCCGGGCCACUUUUCGUGACUUGUUACCAUUAAUCACACAGGCUAGAUCAUUGAAUCACUUGUUCUUUGUGCAUUGUUCUUGAAGUGUCUCUCACGCACUCGUCGACUUGUUGACUUGCACCUUCUCUAUUCUUAUUGACACAUCCAUCUCUGGGUCGCACCUGCCCUGCCUCCCAUCUCAACGCCUUAGUCAUCGCAUCUCGUGACUUUCUGACUCACACACACAAUCAAAGCAGAUAAUCACAACCGUCACUACAAGGACACCAACAGACUUCAGCCCUCCGAGAAACUCCUCAUCAUGGCUACAGUGACUCGACCUGGCCGCGUGGCUGGCAAAACUGCACUAAUCACUGGUGCCGCCGGAGGAAUUGGGCUCGAGACGGCGAUUUUGAUGCUCCAAGAGGGGGCCAGCGUGGUCUUGACAGAUAUUUCGGAGCCGGCUCUCGAGAGGGCGCUUGCCAAAAUCCAUGAAUUGAUCCCCAAGCCGAUCGGUCGCGUCUCGACCAUCAAGGUCGACGUUUCGAAAGAAUCCGACAUCGCCUCUGCCAUCGAGGCCCAAGACGAGCACGGCGGCAUUGACAUCAUCUUCAACAAUGCCGGUAUCAUGCAUGCACAGGACGACGAUGCCGUCAACACGUCGGACAAGAUUUGGGAUCUGACCCAGUCCAUCAACGUCAAAGGUGUCUGGUAUGGUAGCAAGCACGCCGUGCUGAGCAUGCGUCGGAACAAGAAGAAGUCCGGAUCCGUCAUCAAUGUCGCCAGCUUCGUCGCCUUGGUCGGCGCCGCCACUCCUCAGCUCGCCUAUACUGCUUCCAAGGGCGCAGUUCUGGCUAUGACACGUGAGUUGGCCAUCGUCCACGCACGGGAGAAUAUUCGAUUCAACUCAUUGUGCCCUGGACCAUUGAACACGCCUCUGUUGCAGGAUUGGUUGGGUGACGACUUGCAGAAGAGACAUCGGCGCGAGGUUCACUUCCCCAGUGGAAGAUUUGGUGAAGCUAUCGAGCAGGCGCAGGCUGUCUUGUUCCUAGCUAGUGACGAGAGUAGCUUUGUCAACGCCACCGAGUUCGUGGUCGACGGCGGCUUGUCUCGGGCAUAUGUGACCGCCGAAGGGCCUGCUCCAGCGCCCCCUCUGAACAACGUUCGCUGAUGGAGCAGUCAACUACGUCAACGAAACUUUGUCACCACAUGAGGUGGCGUCUUUGGCAUGGGCUACGAGUUUUAGAUCUCUGUUUGAGGUGCAGUCAAUUCUUUAACUCAGGACCGCAUGAUAUUUCACUACACAGGAGCAUGAUUUGCUGUUUAUAAAACCCAUCAAUCACGGAUCUGGAAGAAUUUGCUGUAUUGUCACAUUGGAUUUUCGAAAGUAGUGAUUUACAGAUGAUUUGACCCGCUGGGACAGCGUGUCCUGAAAUGUGGGAGAGUACAAUAUUUCGGGUAGUCUCAAAUCGAGCGAUCAGAUCCCCCUCUUUCGGAUUCCUUUCGGACCAUGGGCGAGACUGCCUCGCGGCAACAACCAAACUGGCGUCUCUGCUCUGGACAAACCCUUGGAAUUCUUCAGUACACCUCCAGUGAUAGUACACGGCUAAGCCUUGCUCAGCUAAUUCGACGACACUGUUCCAAUAGAGUAUCCCAUUCUCGUCUUGUGUGGCCUCGUCCAGUAUAUCAUAUUAGCGAAAUUUCGACUUGCUCGUCCAAGGCGAGUGCUAGUAUCCAGAGUGAGAUCUUGGCCAGGACGCAAUGAACAAAACCGGUAGAGAAGGGGCGCAGGCCAAAGCGAGGCAGUGCGGGAC